AUGGAGAGGCUUGACAAAUGGGCAGAACUGAAAGUUCGUGUCUGCUCUGACUGUUCUAGAGGCCAUCUAUAUGAGAUUAAGACAGGCUGGUGUCUUUUCUGUGAACAUCUUCAAUCUAACAAUGGAGAAAGGACUAAAGACUUUGUUGAUGUCAUUGUGGGCUUCAUGGGAUCCGAAGAAUCUGAAUACCGAAUCGAACGCCCUCAUAUCAAAGCGAUAAUAAUGGACAUGCUGGUGGCCUCCAUGGACACGUCAUCAACAACGGUGGACUGGGCACUGUCCGAGCUCAUGAGGCAUCCAAAAGCAAUGAAAAAAGUCCAAAAGGAGCUAGAAGAUGUUGUUGAAUUAGAGAGAAUGGUAGAGGAAUCAGACUUGGAGAAAUUGGACUACUUGAGCAUGGUAGUGAAGGAAACCCUGAGGCUACACCCAGUUGCGCCAUUGUUGGUUCCUCAUGCAGCCACUGAAGACUGCACCGUCAAUGGCUACCACAUACCCAAAAAAUCACGCGUCAUCAUAAACGCUUGGGCAAUCAGGAGAGACCCGAGUGCUUGGACCGAUGCAGAGGAGUUCAUACCAGAAAGAUUUGAGGGUAGCGACGUUCAUGUUAGAGGAAAUCACUUUCAACUUAUCCCAUUUGGCUCUGGCCGAAGACGUUGCCCAGGAAUUCAGUUAGGGCUCACUGUGGUCCAGUUAAUGUUGGCACAACUUGUCCAUUGUUUUGAUUGGGAACUUCCAAAUAACAUGUUCCCAGAAGAAUUGGACAUGAGUGAGGCGUUGGGCAUUACGGUGGCAAGGGCCAAACAUCUAAUCGCUACUCCUUCUUAUCGACUUCACAAAUGA